AUGCCAGCAACGAAUGUUGACAUAGAGGCUACAGAUGUCUCAAUGGAAAUAUUUCAAGGCGCCCCCGAUGCAUCGCCUCGGGAUACUUAUCAACUACCAGGCCUCAUAACACCAUUGGCUUCGGUCAAUCAUGACACUUUAUCACCACGGCAGCACGCAUUCAUAGCGCAUACUAAAGAUGACGUGUCUGCUUCUCCAGCCUCAUCGGAGUAUGGAAGUAUGCGCAAUCACUCCCAUGGCGCAAGUUAUGUUGGAAGCACCCACUGGGCGUCUGUUCUUGACAGCAUAUCCGAACUCAAGAACCAGUACGAGAAAGAAGAAGAGGCCAGGAUUCUGGCUACUGAUGACCAUAUCCCAACCCGGGGGCCAGGUCCACUUCUUUUGUACCAACCAGUUCAGGCAACUAAGGAUGAAAUUCUUGCCUCGAUACCACCGCGGCCAACAGUGGACCGUAUGAUAGCGCGGUACUUCAACCUUCAAAAUGUCACACCACUGCCUUUACUCCACAGUGGCCAUUUUCUAAGAGAGUAUGAAGAGUUCUGGGAGGAGCCCACCUCUGCACCGCUUUUAUGGAUAGGUCUUUUGUUCAGUGUCAUAGCUUUCUCGACGCAGCAACAGCAGAUAAUCGAGGAUCCGAAAGACCCCGAAGCUUUAGCCUGUAUCCAGGUUUUCCGCGAAAGAACUGUUCAUUGUCUCGUUCUAGGCGAGUUUACCAAAGGCAAAGAAUAUGUAUUAGAGACCCUCCUACACUGCCUAACUCUUGAAGUCCUUUUAUGUAAGGAUGCGGAUAUUGGGGUAUGGCUUUCAUCAGGGAUCAUUGUGCAGCUUGCCCUCUCUCUUGGAUAUCACCGGGACACUGCAAACUUUCCAAAUAUAACACAGUUCGCAGGUGAAAUGAGACGACGCGUGUGGGCUGUUAUAGUCCAAAUGGACCUUCGUCUAUCGAGCCAAAUGGGGUUUCCACGUAUCCUCAAGCUCCAUCAUUGUGAUACCGCCGAGCCCUCUAAUCUCCUAGACUCCGACUUUGAUGAAACUACCAUCAAGUUACCUCCACCGAGACCCGAAACGGAACUUUCUCCCGUCCUUUACCUCCUCGCUAGGAAUAGAAUUGAUCAUAUAAGCGGUUUAGUCAGUGACCUGAUCGCCGACACACAAGAACAUUCGUAUACAGAAAUAAUGAUGCUGGACAACAAACUCCAAGAGGCCCAAGCUUCGCUGCCUCCUAUCUUUAGAUGGCAGCCUCUGAGCCAAUCUUUGACAGUGCCAUCUCACAUAAUUUUGUAUCGCGCCUUGCUCCAACUCGCCAUUCCACGCAUGACAAUCUGGCUACAUCGAAAAUAUCUCACCUUGUCCCAUAAUAAGGAUGAAUACGAGUAUUCACGAAAUGCCUGUCUCCAAGCCGCUAUUCAGAUACUAGAGUUUCAACAAUUAUUCGACGACGAAACCCGACCAGGGGGUCUACUAUAUUCCGAGCGAUGGAUGUUGACAUCGCUUAACCAAUUUGUCUUUCUACUCGGAAUGAGCAUACUGUGCUAUUAUUUGCAGUUGUCCAAGACACGACCUGAUAUCUCCAUGAGUGCGGAGACUCGUGCAAAAGUUUAUGAUUUGCUGCGUGAUACAUACCCUAUUUUGCUGCGAUCUAGCACUGCAUCUCGCGAGGCUCAAAAGGCGGCAAGACAUUUGAGUUUACUUCUUGGGCCGAGAGAGCGAGAAGAAGUCGGUUUGUCGCUGAGUGGGGAGGAAAAUCUUGAGAGUUGGAUCACUGAUCCUGGUUUCACCUCCUCGCCGGGCUCUGGCAUGCCAUUUGAUCAGUUGACGUGGGAUGCAUAUCAAGGUGAGUGGACAAUUUCAGUCUUUCAUGACCUAGGCUAA